AUGUCUUUCGGCUUCGGAGGAGGAGGAGGAACUGGAUUUGGCCAGACCAACCAGAGCUCUGGCUUCGGUACAGGCUCUGGGUUUGGAGCCACCAACACUAGCACAGGCUUUGGAAAUACUGGUGGCGGGAGCGCCUUUGGCAACACGUCCAGUGGCUUCGGCACCGGCACUAACACAGGAUUCGGUACCAACACUCAGAAUCAAAACACAUCUCUUUUCGGUUCAGGAACUCAAAAUCGCACUUCUGGAUUCGGAACCGCCGCCAAUACUGGCCAGGGUCUCUUUGGCGGCACCACCCCAAACACCAGCGCAACCUCUGGAUUCGGCACUGGCACUGGGUUCGGAACUACCUCCACUGGCACCACUGGCUUCGGUGGCAGCGCCAACACUAAUACUGGCUUGUUCGGCAACAAAACUGGUACUGGGUUCGGCACCUCGAACACGCCCACCACCGGCUUUGGCGCUUCUGGUACUACUGGAUUUGGAGCAGGUGCGACCAACACUGGCUUCGGUGGAACAGGCACCGCCUUCCAAGGUGCGCAGACUUGCGAAGGCACCGGCGGUACUCCAUUCAACCCAUUCACUGAGAAGGACACCAACUCUUCCGUGACCAACCACUACCAGAGCAUCAGUUUUAUGCAACCUUACAGCAAGUUCUCUUUCGAAGAACUGAGAUUUGCCGAUUACCAACAAGGACGUCGUUUCGGUAACGCCAGCGGACAGCCUGGUGGCUUUGGUGCUCCUGCUUUCGGUUCUUCUACUGGGUUCGGAGGCCAACAGGCUACUACGGGCUUCGGUGCCAGCGCUACUCCGUUCGGUGGAGCUGCGGCUACUUCUGCACCGACCGGCUUCGGAACCACACAGACUACUAGUGCUUUCGGCACCAACAACGCCGCGACAAACCCUCUCUUCGGUGGCGCCAAGCCUGCAGCCUCGAUGUUCGGUGGCGCAACUCAAACACCCCAGACGGGGUCCCUUUUCGGUGGUGGCGGCACCACAACUAACACCACCGGUGGAUUUGGCGCUAGCACCACUACACCUAGCACUGGAUUCGGCGCCAAUACCGGCACCUCGCUCUUUGGUGGCAACCAGCAGCAGAAUAAGCCGGCUUUCGGCGCCAGCACGACUGGCACUGGAUUUGGGGGAGGAGGAUUUGGUGCCACUCAGACUACAACUGCUACCAACCCAUUCGGCAGCACCACUGCCACCGCAUCGCCAUUUGGUGCAGGUCAACAGCAGCAAGCCGCUGCUCCUGCCUUUGGUGGCUUCGGUAACACUCAGGCCCAGGCCCAAAAGCCUGCGACUGGCUUGUUUGGCGGCGGCGGUGGUGGUUUCGGAACUACCAACCAGCAGCAACAAACUGGCACUGGUGGCUUGUUCAAUAACACUGCUGGCCAGACAACUACUGGCACUUCGCUCUUCGGCGGGGGCCAGGCUCAACAAACUCAAGCCCCAGGCUCGAUGUUUGGUGGUGGCCAGGCUCAACAACCUGCGGCUGGGACUAGCCUCUUUGGCGGUGGCGCUCAAAACCAGCAGAAGCCCGGUACUUCGUUGUUCGGCGGUGGUGCGACUACUACUACUGGCGGCGGCGCAUUCGGCAGUAGCUUUGGCAACACCCAAGCUCCGUCGACUACCGGUGGCCUGUUCGGUGGUGGUCAGGCUCAGCAGGCCAAGCCUUUCGGGGCGUCCACGACCUCCACUGGCGGCUUGUUCGGUCAAACUGCCGCUGGUCAAACUGGCGGGACCUCGCUCUUCGGUGGUAACCAAAGCCAGCAACAACAGCCUGCCGGAAACAGCAUCUUUGGCGGCUCGCAGCCGGCGCAACAACAGCCGCAACAGCCUGUCCCCGGCAGCUUCCAGGCCUCGUUCCUUGAUGCUAAUCCCUAUGGUAGUCAGUCCAUCUUCUCCGGUCUUCCAAGCCCGAUUGUGUCCUCCCCAGGCCCUCUGGCUACGCCGCUCUCCUCCAGCAUCAAGCAAAAACAGCGAACCCCGCUCCCUGUCUAUAAGAUCACACCUAACGCGGCCAACCGGCUCAUCACCCCGCCUAAGCGUCAGGGAUACGGAUUCUCGUACUCGUCCUACGGUUCCCCCUCGAGCACCACCAGCACUCCCGGCUCUGGCUUGAGCAGCAGUCUUUUGGGCGGCAGCGGUGGCGGUAGUCUCCGUGGUAGCAUCAGCGGCAGCCUGGGUCGUAGCUUCAGCAAGAGUUACUCUACCAGCAACCUGCGCAAGUCUUUCAUUCCGGAUGAGGACAGUGUUCAUUCUCCCGGUGCUCUUCUGCCCACCAGCGCUCGAGGCACCGGUGGUAGUCUCAAGCGCCUUACCAUUGACCGCUCCCUGAGGAACGAUCUGUUCUCACGCCCGACUAGCACCUCUCCUGCCCCCAUCGCUAACGGCGAUGAAUUGCACUCGGCCGACAAGCUCAAGAAGAAGGUCAGCUUUGACUCCACUCCUUCCGGUAGUGAGGUAGUUCGUGUGGAAUCCACCAGCCCUGAGCCCACUGCCGAGGAACUCGGUUUCCUCCGCUCUACCCGCAAGAGUGGCGCCAUCGAUGGCAUUGAUGGAGACCGUCCCGAGAUGGAAUCUGUCCGCCGGGAUCUUGCCGUUGUCCCUGAAAACGCCGAGCCUACCCACGAUGGCACCUCCAUCAAGCGCCUUUCCUUCAUUCCCGGUGGUGACCCCAAGCCUGGCGACUACUGGAUGUCGCCCUCCCAUGCCGAGCUUUCCAAGAUGUCUCGUGACCAACUCAAGAAGGUUGUUGAUUUCACUGUCGGCCGUCAGAACUGCGGUGAGGUUACUUUCAACGGGGCCGUCGAUCUUACGGUUGUCGACCUUGACAACCUCUUUGGUGGUAUUGUCGAUAUUGGCGUUCGCAAGAUUACCGUCUACCCCGACGAGAGCGUGAAGCCUGCUAUGGGCAAGGGUCUCAAUGUUCCCUCUACUCUGCGCAUCGAGAACUCCUGGCCCCGUGGCCGUGACCGCAAGAACCCGCUGCCUAUUACCAGUGGCCCCCUCUUCGACAAGCACGUCGACCGUCUGCGCAAGGUGACCGAUACCGAAUUUGUCGACUACGAAACCGACACUGGCACCUGGGUUUUCAAGGUCCCCCACUUCACCACUUAUGGCCUUGAUUAUGAUGAGGACGAAGGUGAGAGCCUUGAGCAAAGCACUCUGGGUGCAGGCCCUGAUGACAAUCGCACUCCUAAGGCUCAUGAUGAACACCCCGCGAGCUUUGAGCAAUCUGCGACUUUCUCCAUCGACGAGUCGUUUGUUGGCUCAAUGGCCGGUGUUGACGAUGAUACGUUCGAUUUCAAGAAGCGCAAGAUCGUCCCGGGCUCUUUCGGCAGCCAGGCUAUGCAGGCUGAAGACGAAGAUAUGGGAUCUGAAGUAGACACCGAGUCUUUUUUAGAGGAAGGCUCCGCGGGUUCAACUACUGAGCAUGAAGAUGACUUUGUCACCGAGAGCCAGCGAUCUGGCGACUCGAUAGUUGGAUCUGAUGAGGAUCAGGCAAUGGACAUGGCGGGUUCCUUUCCCAAUUCUCAUCGCACCGUGGAGCAGGAUGACGCCCAGAGCAUUGACAGUGAACUGGACACAACCCACCCCAUUCCCAGGCCCUUUGGCACCCCCGGCAAGCCACGCCUCGACCUGAGUGGCGACUGGGCUGAGCAGCUUCAGCGAACCAUCAGCCCCCGCAAGCAAAACCGUGAUGCGCUUCGUGAGAUUCAGGCCAAUGCCUUUACCGACCGGCCCCUACUAAGCAAUGGAUCACCGGCCGAGAAGACCACUGUUUCCCCGAAGAAAGGCUUCUCGACCAGCAUCGACCUGAUGAACUCUCUCUUCCAACAAUCGCCGCGGAAGCCAAGUGCGCCCGCUACGCAAAAGGCGUCCAAGUCGCAGCCUAAGGGCUUUGAGUGGCCCUACAACAAGCAACCCAAGACCUUCGCCGGAGAUUCGUCGCAAAUGGACAAGACCGAUGCUGCUUUCCACGAGUCCUUCAAGCCUCGCUGGGGUCCUAUGGACUCGAUCGUUUGCGCCAGAAAUGACAUUACCGGGCCUUUGUCUGAGAGCAACCAGCGCUGGAAGGAGCGUUUUUCUGUUUUCAGUGAAGGCCGAGACGUUGCUGUGUUGCAGUACGGCCAGUCCCGCACUUCCAAUGAUUUGCUAGAGGUGCAAAAGCAGCAGUCCACCAUCCAGCGUGUUGACGGGACACCCCGGGUCCGCUUGGCCAAGGCUGACCUCCGUCAAUUCGCCCUUGCCCCGGCUCAAGACGAGGAGCGUUUGGUGUGGCAGCUGGCCAACAUCCUGUUUAAUGACGACAUAGAGGAUGACAUUUCUGCCGGUGUGCCACCGCAAUUGCGGUCGAAAUUUGCCCAUCGAAUUAAGAAGGACCGGCUGACUCGCCUUUGGGAAUCCGUCAUCCGUGGACGACACGCUCAUGUGCUCGACUCAAUUCGCUCGCCCGAGGAGCGAGCAGUUCACCUGCUUUGCUCUCACCGUGUUGAUGAGGCAUGCAAGACAUUGGUUGAUAGCCAGAACUUGCACUUGGCGACCGUGGUUGCACAGAUUGGCCGCGAUGCUACCUCGCGGUCCGACAUUGCGAGUCAGAUCGAUGUCUGGCGCCAGAAUAAUGUUCUGUCGGAGAUGACUGAACCUGUCCGUGCUCUUUACGAGCUUGUCGCUGGUAAUGGUCUUCGGAGCGAAGGCAAGUCGGGAGGUGCGCUUGAGGACCGGGCUUCUUCCUUCUCCUUCACCGAGCGCUUCGAGCUAGAUUGGUUCCAGGCAUUUGGUCUUCGUCUUUGGUAUGGAACCAAUGAAGACGAGCCAGUCGAGGCUGCUGUUUCUAAGUUCCUUGAUGACCUCGCUACUGGACUUGAACCUGCCUUCCCUUACCCUUCGCAUCACGCUGGCACUCGGACAACCCUGCAACCUGGCUCGGAUACUCUGGGUCGCGAGUCUCCUCUGUGGGUGCUUCUGAAGGCAUACUCGGCGGCUAGUGGCCGUGCCAAUGUUCCGCCUGUCCAGCUACCUGCGGCUCUGCUGCCGGAGUCUGUCUCGGGCGAUCGCCUCACCAACCGCCUCUCCUUCCAGCUUCAUCAUGUUCUUGCUGCUGUUAUCGGCCAGAACGAAGCUGUUAAGAUUGAUCAGACCCAGGUCGACCACUUGGUCUGGGACUACGCUUCUGAGAUUGUCGCUGGCGGGGAGCUUGCUCCGGCGCUGUUUGUCCUUCUUCACCUCUCGCAGGCUGAAGAUCGUAAGCGUGCCGUUCAGGAUAUCCUUGCCCGCUUCGGUGCCACUCUCCCCAAUCCCACUGCCGAGGAUGGAUCGACUGCCGACCCUGCCUGGCUGAACCUCACCGCCGAGCUCCAACUUCCCGAAUCAUGGAUCUGGGUUGCCAAGGCUCUGCACGCCCGCGAUCGUGGUGACGCCACUAGCGAAGUCGACUACCUCAUCCGCGGCAAGCACUGGAACGACGCCCACGCCACCUUCUGCAGUAUCGUUGGCCCUACCGCCGUCAUCUCUCGUGACUACCAUACACUCGAGCGACUGGUUUCCGGCUUUGGUGAUAGUCCCGAGCGCAAGAUGCGCGGCUGGGCUUCUGGCGGUGGCAUCUACGAAGAUUUCCUGCGCUUGGCUACUGCGCCCCGUGGCCGGCGUGACCCCACCCGUCUGAGCCGUCUGGUGAAUGCCCUUGUUGACAUGGGCGAACGUACCCGGAAUGCGAAGGGUUCCCUGGAAGAGAGUGUGGCUUUCAAGGAGAUGAGCAGUGCUGUUGCUGGAUGGAUUACCCACGAGGAUGUUCAUUCUGUCCAGUCCUCUGCCAUCCUCGGUCUUCCCCUGAACGGCGACGCGCGUGUCCUGCAGACGGCAGAGAUGAGCCGUCGCUAUUACGGAAUUAUCAUGGCGGGUGGUCAAUAA